UGAGCACUCUCUUCUUUCCACUGUGCCUGUCAUCUGUGGCUAUCUUUCAUCCUUUUCUCUUAUUUUUCCUCCUCUCUCAACACCACACACCACUCUCCCUCUUCGCCCGCUCUCAACUCCAACAAAGUUUUCCACCAGCAAUCGUUUUAAUCUACUUGAGAAAAAUUCGGAGAAAUCUAUCCCUCUCCGCCUCAGCCCUCUAGCUUUGAGCAGUCUACGGGUACACCCGACUGCUUGCGAGAGAAGGCAGACAGAGCCCCAAUCUGCGUGUUAGGCUGGGAAAGAAACGUCCCCCGCCAAGGCUUUCCUUCAUUUCCCUCCCCCGAUUACUAAGCCAAUCCUUUCACCCUCCAAAUUCACACACCAGCCCGACACUAUCACCAGAGCCACCCCAAGGUCCCAAAGGAAUAGCUACCACUAAGUCAACCAAAAGAACAAAAGCUAUCCCCGGUGCGACCGUUCAUCUCCCUUUGAACGCUCCCAUAGUUUGAGCUUCUGAGGUCUUUCUCUUUCUCUCUUAGCUGGUGGUAUCUUGUUCCAAACAGAAUCUGUACCGUUCCCCCCAUCGACUGAAGGAAAGCUCUCCCGCCUUCCUCUGUCGCGAUCCUCCCGCAACACACAAGAAACCAACCACCCCCCUCCACUCUCGAAUUCCUAACCCAAUCGUCCAAUCAAGCCGUUAUUUUUGUCCAUCGCUUCAAGAGGCAAGAUGUCGAAUCAAGUAGUUGGUGAAAUUUACCAGCGUAUUAUUGAUGAUGUUAUCAAUAACAGUAUCAUCGACUUUGAGGAAGCUGGAGUUAAUGCAUCGACUUUGCAGGAACUGAAGCAGGUCUGGCAAUCCAAACUCACAGAUCUUAAUGUCGCUACCUUCCCAUGGGACCCCCCAUCGGAAACCGUGCAAGCUUCCGGCUCAGCCCCCGCCCCGAAUUCGCCUACAAAGGUCCAGAAUAAUAACUCCCAGCAACAGCAACAAAAUACUAUCAAACAAGAACCCGGUGCUCAGAACCCUAACCCACAAACCGUCAAUGUUGGCGUUAGAAUCAAACCAGAGCCGGGAAUGGAACCCCAAGGUGUCUACGCCCCGCCUGCACAGCCCACCGGGAAUCCAACCCAUAAUCCGGCUCUCGCUGAGGCAAGAGCACGUCAAAAUCUCGCCCAGAAGUUUGGAAAUACUCCUCAAUUGGCCAGACCUGCUGGCGGUUUAGUUCUCCCCGGUCUCGCUACCAAUCCUCAGCAGAGACCCAACGGGCAACAGAGUGGUAUUCCUCAGCAUGACGGUGGCGGUGAGGAAACCAUUCCGAUCGAAGGAUACGGUAGCAUUAGUAGAUCGGAAGCGGACAAAAUAUUACUUCGUCGCAUCAGUGAUGCUGAACGUGAGAGUGCCAGGGCUACUGAUGAACUCGUCAAGGCUUUGAUGAACCUUGGGCAUUCCUCUAAAUCUUCCAAAGCUAAGGGACGCCGUAGGGCUCAAGAUCCCUACGAGGAAGCACUUGAUCCUUUCAAUCAUUACCCUCACGCUGCCCCUGUUCCUACUGUUCUUGACGUUUCUAAUACACCCAGUCCUCGGCCGGCGCCUAUGGGGCAGGUGGACGGAGAGUCUGGUGAUGAGGAAGUUGUCGACGAAGACGCCAUCAAUUCCGACCUCGAUGAUCCCGAGGACGACGAGAUUGACGGCGAGGAUGAUGACGAAGUCCCGCAGAUUAUGUUGUGCAUGUACGAUAAAGUCCAGCGUACCAAGAACAAGUGGAAGUGUGUUCUCAAGGAUGGAGUCUUGACUAUCAACCAGACUGAGUACGUUUUUCAUAAAGCCAACGGCGAAUAUGAGUGGUAGAUGACGGCUCAGGGCGUACGGACUUGGCGAACCUCGGAAAGAAAGAAAAAAACAAUUCUCUCUCGACUCAAUUCAAAAUUUUUGCUUGAUCUUGUGGAUUCUGCGAUGUUACACUCAUAAAGUUUUCGGAAGGCGGGAUAUCAACUGUUUUCUUUACUUUUCUUUUUUUACUUUUUGAAAAAAAGGAAGCACUACUGAUCAUUGAACCGAAUCAGAUUUAGUAGUUUAUUUUUUGUUACUCACCUCCCCUCUUCUCUUUUGCUGUUUUCUCAUGGUGCACGUGUAUUGCUUUCUUCUCCACCCAUUGCUUUUGAUUUCACUUCAUUUCAUGGACUCUACCUAUUCAUACUUUGGUGGUCAUUAUUCAACCCUGUUUGCUCAAAAUCAUGGAUGUAAAAUUCCCUUCAUCCUCUUAUCUAUCCCUUUCUCCUGUUUCUUAUCAUAGCUCCUUUGUUUGCUUCUUCUACUUCUUACAGGUGUGGAAAUGCCGAUACGGAGGGGACAUCCGGUAUACGGUACAUGCGAUACGAUACGAUGCGAUUAAGUAGAAGCGGCGGACGCUUUCCCAACUUUACAAUGGGUGUUAAUUUGCUAGGGACUUGGGUAAUUUGAUUCUUUCUUUUGUCCGUGCUUGUUUGGUUGGUGUACGUUAUGUUUACGUUACUGGUUUGCUUUCACUCUUGCCUGGCAAGUGCUGUGGGGAGAAUGGGGAAUGGGACGGAAGGCAGGACAAGGCAAGGCAAGGGGACAUGGGAUGGAUGGAGUGGGGUGGGGUGUAUGGAUAUUAUUAAAAUAAAAAAUUUCUCGCUAUUCAUUGUGA